UCAGUUAGCUGCAAGCGCUUUUGGCGUCUGGUGUGGUGUAACGGAGACUCUAGUGCUAACACAAAAACGGAAAAUCGACGACUGAAGGACUGAAGGAAUCCGGCCGUAUUUGCUUUGUGCGGCCAUAAGCCGACUUAUUUAAGUGACCAGCUCCGUUUAAUAAAAGUUUCGUUGAGAGAAAACACACAGACCGCAUCGAAGUUGAAUUGAUUUGCGCGCAACCGAAAAGCAGUAUUCAUAUGCAACGCGCGCGACAAGCCAUUCGGUUCAUCCUCCCGGUUCCAGUGCCCUACUCAUCCUUGCCACUGCCGUGUUGCCGUGUUGCCGUCCUGCCGUAUUGUUUAUGGAUUUGCUGUUUUUGGGAGCGGCGACUCUCCUCUAACACGUCAACAGCCCUCGCUUAAUGUUUACUCGGCUUCCUUCGACGUAAAGUGCCGAACGGCCGCAGUUAGCCCAGGUCAAAGGAAGAAGAACAACGUUGCAGAUUAGUCGGAGGCCCUGAAAAACAAUCUACCCGAGUAGAGCGACUUCCACGACUCACGCAAGGAAAAGCAAAGGCAUCCCUGGGAUGCGACUCCGCGCGCUGCCCGGGCUCUGGGCCUGGCUAGUUCUGACCGCCCCCCUUACUAUGGCCUAUCCGAACAGCCCUCUGGCCCAGCCGCCCCUAGCCUCCUACGUGGACACCUUGAAAACGUCCAACCAGCCCAGCCUCCCAGCUCCCGUGCUUCUGCAGCCUGCUUUCGUCUAUGACGCCCACCCCCCAGAGGACACUGCUGCUCCUGCAGCACCAUCUCCCUCUGUAGAUGGUGAGCUCUCAAAGGGAGUCAUCGGUUCCAGCUUAACUUCUUCAGUCUCUGUGGUUUUGGACGGCAACAAGCCACUGUUCACGGAUGCCCUCGGACAUAAGGUGCCAAAGCCGCCACCCUCGCUACAGGUGGCAAGCCCCAUCGACCUGCUCAACCCCGACCGCUACGAGUUCUACACCUUUGACGAGCACGGCGAGCUGGUCAAGCGCUUAAUGACUAUGCAGGAGAUCCAGAGCAUCGUGGCCAACGGUGACGGUGAUGGUCCGUCCAUCAUCCACCCGGCUCCAAUGUCCCCAAGUACAAACCCUGAUAAGAACGUUCAGGAAAUAGUUAAGAGUGUUCAGAGCGUGCUGAACAAGGAGGUGGCCUCCAGCUCUACUAAAAACAGCUCUGGGGAAUUGUUGCCACCACUACUGGACACGCCGGACGUGUCUUCGACCUGGUCCCUGAUCCUGCCCGCUAUAUUUGGCAACACGGGUGGCGACAUCUUCCCGCAGCAACGUCCGCAGCAGAUUGUGAUGACCCCAGAGUCGGAGCUUUUGGAAAUCUCUACCAAGGCAUCAACGACCAGAGCCACCAAGAAACCCAAGCCGAAGCCUUCAAAGCGUAAACCUGGAAGUAUCCGCCGACCAACAACCACCACUGAAGUGAUUCCUCAGGUGGUGCAGGAGGAGCUCGACCCCAUGGAGUCCGUCUACACUGGCAUGCAACAGUACCAGAACAUGGCCACCAACGUGAAUUUCGAGCUGCCGCACAUCCAGCCAAUCUACCAGAAACUUCCCACCAAUAGCCCCACCACAGGGCGGCCGGAAACCACUACACGACGGGUGUUCUUCAACAACCAAGAAAUCAUCCACACCCCCACAUCCUCGAGCAGUGCGUCUGUUACCACAGAGAAGAUCGUCUUCAACCACCAGCUGGCAAAAAAACCUCCAAACGUGCAGCACAAGCCCACGCAGCCCCACAGGACCAAGAAGCCGGGUGGUUCUAUGGUGGAAUCACCAACUCACACUGGAGGUACUGGUUCAAAGCAGAAGAUCAAGAAGAAGACAACAACCACGACCACAACAACAUCCACGACCCCAGCUCCAGAUCCAGUUACAGAGCCAGCCACCCAGCCCCCCUCUGAAGAAGUUGAGGAUCCUCCUGCGGUGAGCACCACCACAACCACCCCAGCACCUCCUUCGACCACCCCCAAAAAGAAGAGACGCAAGCCUACACGGACCCCUGGGGGAGGAUCCACGCAGAGUGGUAGUAAGCCAACAAAGCCGAAGCGAAAGCCGACCCCCAAGCCGAAGCCACAGAACCAAUCCGUAAGUGAGUCAGGUUUACCACAACAUGUCGCGGGGACGCAAAAGCGACCCCAUAAGAAGCCAAAACCAACAACGACCACCACUACUGCAGCCCCCGAUCCGGCACCUUUAACACCCACUGCAACUUCUGAGCCUGAAACAUCUUUGCCUCCGGUAUCGGAACCACAGCCAGAAGAAUGUGCAUCGACCACUACUCCAGCUUCUGAGCCAGAGCCCCAACCCACCACAACAGCUGCGCCCACAACCAUCUCGACGGAGGCACCCACUACCACUUCUGCUCCAGCAAAGAGCACCGCCAUUCCUCCCGCUCUGCACCACCAAAAGCUUCAUCAGAAACCUGCUGGCUCCACCAAACGACCGACCACUCUGCACCACAAUCGCAUCCACGGAAAGCCGGUACACAGCACUACCACAGAGGAGAGCAAGGUGGCAGGUGAGCCCCAAACCGAAAGCUACGGAUUGGUGAACGUCCUUAGUUCCUCGACCAGUAGCACCACCCACCAGCCUCUCUACCCCGUGCCCAGCUACGGGUCUGAAACUAUAUCAUCCCCGCCUGCGGCUCAUGCCGAACCCACUACAGACGUUUCUCAGCUAAAGAAGACACCCUUACCGCUUCCCACGCUGGCUCAGUUGCAGCAGCAGCUGCAUCCCAGCUCGCCGUCUCCCGCCCCUCAGCUAUCGCCUGCACAGAUACUGUCGAUGGACCAGAUUGUCCAGUCGCUCACCCAAGACCUUUCUGCUGCGGACAAAGCGGAAGGGGACUCUGCAUUGGAGCCUGUGAAGUACGACAGUGCCGAGAACAAGGAAAAAAUGGAGGAGCUAGCCAACAAGAAGAAGAUGUCCAUCGUCACUAGCACCACUACAGAAACAACAGCUACCAGUUCUAGUUCGACCGGUCCCACUUCUACCCCCAAGCCCACAACUCUCUUGACCAGUAACAAGCCCCUAAUGUCCCACUACGGCGGAAGCACACUGGCCACCAUGCUCUCCGAGGAAGAUGACCACACUGAGUCCACUGAGUCAGCAUUGGGCCCAAAUUCGUCAUCGGAGACUAUGCUGAGCCACCUUGAGGAGGAGGAGCCGACACCCGUGGUGGUGAUCACAGCAAGGCCUCAGUACGCUACAUUCCCACCCUUGCCGAGUGUCAAUGUGGAUUCCAACCAGAGUUUGCUUGAAGCCGGAGCUGAAACUGGGUACCCACAGCUAGGGGCCCAAGAAGAACCGGAGACCACAGAACUUCCCGGAGAAACGCAUUUCCUGGGAACCACUCCAAUGACGGCUUUGGACAAACAGAAAUCUGGCACCAACAAGCCUAACGCAGACUCUGCCACCGGGGUCGACUAUAAUCCUAGUUCCACUAAUGAACCAGUCAUAGAGAUCAAGGAGCCGGAGGAACCAGCAGUGACCGUUACUGAACAGGCGCUUCGGUUGCCCGUUUCGGAAAGCAGCACGGCAAUCGACUUCGAUGCCGACAGCACGGAGGUGACGCCGAUGGUCGCCGACCUGGUGCAACAACUGAACCUGGAGGUGCUAAAGCCCAUGGAACAGAUAUCGAUGUCUAACUUUCAGACGCAAGCAGCCACUGUAGCCUCCACCCUUGUGGACGGCACUGGCUCCCUGGGCUCUAACAUUCAGAUGAACUCCAACGAGACCAAGGACGAACUGGAAUUCCUCGUAUUGGACGUCAUCCAACAAAUCACCCAGGGAGACCAGUACCCACCUGCGCCGAACCUGGAACCAGUGGACGAUGAACAUCGACUCACUAAUUUCGCCCAACUGAACUCUUCGUUCCUUCUGCAACCGAAGCCAGAUAAAACGGAGGAACUAAACAAAUUGACCCAGAAACCUGUCCAAAAGUCGCCGGAUGAAAGUUCAACCACCGAUGUCCCCGCAAAGCAGGAAGCUACUUAUCUGGAAGCCAGCACACAACCAAUUCCCAUUCUCUCGCUUUCGCAAAUUUAUGCGCAGCAACAGCAAGAUGAGGAUGAAGAACAACAGAUGUUUGCCAACGAAAGGCUGGAGGUUCAGCCAACUCAAGGGCCUGUAAGACAGGAGACCGUCCCCGCCAUCGAAGAGGCAUCCACCGUCGCAGAGGCUACAACCGAGCGUCUGGAAUCAAGUGGACACACCACAGUCAUCGAGGAGGGCUCCGGCAGCGAGGAGUCCACAACACGGGACUCCUACGGGCAAAUCCCCGACAGCUUUACGGAACGUGAAAGUGAAGAGAAAAUGCCCGAGAUGUUGACAAAUGGUUACAGCGAGCAGCCGAAGUUAGAAAACAACGAUGACCAAGAACCAACGACAGAAUCUGAGCUCAUUGUCACAACGGAAAAGACUGUGUCGGAAGAACCUGGAACGAGCACUCUGCCUCUGGAAGGCGACACAGCGACGAUGCCGACGCCGACAAAUGUUUACAAGGAUGCACAGGAUGAAGAGCAAAUAUCAACAACGGAGCAGCCCAAGAAGACAGAACAGGAAGAGCGUCAGGAAGAGCAAAUAACAAGUGCGGAGGACAGCGCCACCAAUGCUGCCGAACUGUUGCCGCAGUAUCAGUCGCUGUCCAGUACGGAGGAGACCGCGGCAGUCACGGAAAUACCUGGCGAUACAUCCUUGGUAUCUUCCGAAUCGGACAUGUCAUUCAGCUCAGAACAGGUGACUGAAAAAAUUGAGGUGAGCACGGUAAGAACUCAAGACUUGGACGACGAGUCGGCGGAGGAAAUAUCAGAUGAGCUGAUGGCAACCAUAUCGGAAGAGCAAGACACUGAAGACGUGACUGAGUCGGCAACGGAUGCACAGAAACUGCAGCCAGACGACGAAGAUCCUUACGUCAAGCUAGGGGAGACAACGGCCACAGUGGUCCGUCCACUCAACCCGACCUCCAAGCAUCCGGAGGUCGAUGAAAAAAGUACUUCGGAGCAAAAGAAGCCCCCAGCACCCAUGGCCUCCUACGGCAACCCCUCGGUUGAACAGGAAGACGAAGAGGACGAGGAGGACCAAAAUGGCUAUCGGGUGGUGCUGACUUCCCCUAGCAGCUCAACGACUACUACGACCAAACCCACUACCACUACGAUCACAACCCAGAAGCCUUCAACAACAACCAAGCGACUUCACACUUUGAAGCCCGUUUCGUACUACGUCCAGCCGUCGCUGUUGGCCGGAUACAACCAGUUGGACAUGCAGCCACCUAAGGUGCUUCCUUACAAUGCAAAUAAAGUUGCACAAGCCCAGGCAUUGGUGACACAGAACGCCCAGCGACCCACCCAACGGCCUGCUUCUCUAACCAACCUAAUGGCAAGCUCCACUCAGUCGACUCGACCACCUGUCAAACUGGACCCCAGUCCGGAGUCCUCGCAGGGUCUUGAGGCCUCUACCGCCCUUAUGGAUGACGAUCUGCAGUCGUUCGCCCGGCUUUGCAACGAACUCGCCUUUAGCUACUGGAGGGCUAUCACCUCAGAAAAGAUCAGCUCAGCGCGGAGCCUGGUGCUCUCGCCCUUCGCACUUACCUCAAUGCUUUCAAUGGUAUUUCUGGGAGCUAGGGGCACCACCUCCGGGGAGAUGAACGAGAUCCUCAAGCUCGACGAUAUGGUCGCCUUUAACCCACACCUGAUCUUUAAGAACAUAACCAGCUCGGUGGAGCAGGCCUCAGAUAGCGACAUUGCCACGGCUGCAUUCGUUAGGGAGAUCUUCAGCGACCGAAGCAACGGAAAGAUUCUGCCCUUCUUCAAGGAGAAGAUCCAGCAGCUUUACGCCGGACAUGUGGAGGAGGUCAACUUCCACGUGGUCAAUGAUAUUGUGCGGCGCCGCACCAAUCUGUUGGUAAAGCGUCACACUAUGGGAAAGGUGCUGGAGUACCUGCGCACCAACAGCGUUUGGGUCAACGGACCAUUGGCCACUAUAUCGGCCAAUUUAUUCCAGACAGACUGCUCCCACGGCUCAACGACUGAACGCGACGGAGAGAUGUUCUUCCAAGUGCAGCCCACAGUGCGGCAACGCCGUCUCGUCCCUAUUCCCGCAGUUCUCUACCGCUCCGGCUUCACGGCGGGCUACGAGCCGAAGCUUGACGCGACAGUAGUGGCCUUUGGCCGAAUCCAGGAAACUGUAAGCACCAUCUACGUAAUGCCAGGCCACCAGAGCUCCAUAUCGCCAAUGGGCAAUCUGGACCGCCUCGAGCGCAGCCUGGUGGAGAUGGCUUUCGGAGAGACGCAGGCUUGGAGCAGGCUGUUGACUUCCCUGAUGGAACGUCCCGGCAUGGAGGUGCAUUUGCCGCGGUUCUCCCACCGCUCCUUCGUGAACGCCUCGCUAGGUUUACAGAAAAUGGGUCUGCGAGGGCUGUUCAAGUCUGAGUUUGCGGACCUACGGGGUCUGACCGGCGCCGGAAACAAGGACAUCUAUCUGUCAGACAUGAUUCAGAUCAACACAUUCAGCACCUGCGGCGAGGACAAGAUCUCUGACCAUCACCAUGUGGAGAUGUACCCGGCGCCACCGCUGCGCAAGCGCAAUAAGGACGUGGACAUCCGUGACGACGAGGACCCGGAUUCCUCGGAAGCCGCGGUGGACUUUGGCUCUCUGGUGCAGGAGUCGGCUCUGGGGCGCGGCUUUUACGACGAUCUUCUGGACCCCAAGUACCUGGAACUGCCGCUGCCCCUUCGACCACGUCAAGCACGAGUCCCCGACGCCCCACGGCUCCGGUUUGACAAGCCUUUCCUGUACUUCGUGCGCCACAACCCCACGGGAAUGAUCCUAUUCAUGGGCAGGUUCAACCCUCGCCUGCUGCCCUGAGAAUCCGAUGGACGCCGGCGGUCUUUGUUAAAUCAUGGAAUGUGACUUAGUGAAUUUAUACCCUAACCUUAACUGCUAACUUAAUUUGUAACGAAUGCUUAUUGCUGUGCCUUAAUCCCGCGACCCUCCGAAUGGAUCCGGGAUUGACGCGCAGCAAACGCGGGCAUGUGCCAAUGCCAGAGAUCACCUUUUUUGAGCGGAAAACUCCGCGUCGAGCAUCUUGAAUUUUUUAAUUCAGUUAGCGUAAAUUUGUUUCCAAUCGUUCUGAGUUGCAUUUAAUUCGCCGCACAAUAUAUUGCAUGGUUUAUGGAAAUGCAUUUUUUACUCUGCCCUGUGCGGGCUGAAAAAUUGCCCACUCGCAAAAAAACGCUGAAUAAAUACGCGGGAAACAAAAGCGAAUGCAAUGAAAAAUUGAAAAAUUAAAUGCAAAUGGAAUCAUGGAAUGCGUCAAUGUUUUGGCAACUGAACAAAUGUAAUUUAAUAAAACAAACUUUACCAAUACGCAAAUGAAAAAUUGUGUAAGCUAUUAUGUAAGCUUGAACAAAAAGUCUAAAUAAAUAUACAUAGAUAUUACAAGAAGUGUUCUCUUUCCCGGGAGAAAUGGAAGACUAGAAGCAACCAAUGGACCACCUUGCGAAAAUAAGGUGUCGCCUUGAAAUUCUCCCAUCAAAAAAUAACAGAUCAGGGUUUAGUAAUGGUGGCGAUGGUACGUC